AUGCAGCCUUUUGAUUUGUACAUACCUGCAAAAUUCAUUUCGUCCAACAAAUGCAUUACAACUGGUUCUCGCAAAAUGCUUCAAGUGAUCAUCAUUGUGAUUUUGGCAGGAUUGUUAACUGUCGUAACAAUUAUUGGAAACAUUUUGGUCAUUCUUUCCAUCAUAUUCAACAGACAUUUGAAGACUAUUACCAACUAUUUUAUUUUAAGCUUAGCCUUCUCUGAUUUGAUUGUUGCUGUGGUGUGCAUGAAUCUAUACACCAUUUACAAUGCAUUUGGCUACUGGCCAAUGGGCCCAGUGGUAUGUGAUUUAUGGCUUGCCUUAGACCAUGUUGUCAAUAAUGCGUCCUCCAUGAACCUCGUUGUCAUCAGCUUCGACCGCUACUUCUGUGUCACAAAACCCUUGAGCUAUCCUACGAAGAGGACUCCUCAGAUGGCAUUGAUGAUGAUCACAGCUGCUUGGGUGUUGCCAUUCAUCCUGUGGGCUCCUUCCAUUCUCUUAUGGCAGUUCAUUGUGGGGGAGCAGACAGUUCAUGAGGGUCAAUGCUACAUUCCGUUCCUUUCAAACCCAGCUGUCACUCUUGGUAUUCUUAUUAUGGCUUUCUAUCUCCCCGCUUUCAUCAUGGCUGUCCUGUAUGUGUGCAUAUCCCUUGCCAGUAAGAGUCGAAUAAAGGAUGACAAGGAAUGCUCUGAAUCAAGCAAGGACACAUUACCUCUCAGUCCAAUUCAGCAAAAGCCAAAAAAACUAAUGAACAACAUCUUAUCAAAUGUUUCCAAUUGGUUGCUGCAUAUCAAGAGCAAAAUACCCAAUGAGAUAACAAUGGAUACUUUUGUCCAAGGAGAGUUCAAAGUCGUUUCCAAUGAGAGAACUUCACUUAGUUCAAUGGUAUCGAACCAAAUGAAUGAAGAAACAAUUCAAGAGAAUACAAAUAUUUUUACCAUACAAAGCCACUUGUGGGCAGACAAUGCCAAACUCUCUUGUGUAACGAUAGUUAGCCAAUCUAACACUGCCAAUGAUGGCGCCAGCAGAGUAGAAACAGUAUCAGGUUUCACCAUCAAUAACAGGAAUGAGAGAAAUAUUGGAGAAGGCCAUUGUACAAUGAAUCCAAGCAAGACACCUGCUAAGAUAAAGAAACUAGGUGCAUCCCGAGAGAAGAAGGUGACGAGGACCAUCAUGGCUAUUGUGUUGGCAUUUCUUAUCACAUGGACCCCAUAUGUUUCCAUUCUGCUCAUUGACACCUUCUGCUCAGUGUCUGUCCCGAAUAUAGUCUGGAACUUAGGAUAUUGGUUGUGUUACACCAACAGUGCCAUCAACCCUGCCUGCUAUGCACUGUGUAAUAACACAUUCAAGAAAACCUUCAAGUAUCUUCUGUUAUGUCAAUACAAGAACUUCGUUACAGCAAGAUGA